AUGGAUGAAGGCAAUUUCUAUGCGCCCGCUGAACGCAAAGUGAGACGGAAUACAGGGGAUCAGAAUUUGCGGACAAACGAUGUGCUCAACAAAUCUCUAUAUUUUGGGAAAAACAGAACUUUCGAUCCGAAUUAUCAGACGCUUGCUGGGGUUGGUGGUGAAGUAUUUGGCGAAGAUAAAAAGAAAGCUGGUGGCGGAGGAGAAGGAGAAAAACCAAAAGCGCCAGUAGGAGGUGGCAUGGCUGGAACAUUUGAUCCUAAUUACCAAACACUUGCCGGAGUCGGCGGUGAAGUAUUUGGCGAGGAUAAGAAAAAGGCUGACGGUGGAGGCGAGGAACCGAGAGCUCCAGAGCAAAAAGAUGCAAAGGCUGGUACAUUCGAUCCCAACUAUCAGACGCUUGCUGGCGUUGGCGGCGAAGUAUUUGGUGAAGAUAAAAAGAAAGCAGCUGAAGGGCCAAAAGCUCCCGAGAGGAAGGAUGAAAAAGCUGGAACAUUUGAUCCAAAUUACCAAACGCUUGCCGGUGUUGGCGGGGAAGUAUUCGGUGAAGACAAAAAGGCUAAAGAAGUACCAAAAGCACCGGAUAAUAAGGAUGCUAAAGCUGGAACUUUCGACCCUAAUUAUCAGGUAUAA